AUGGACGAAUUUUCAUUACUCGAUCUGGCCACACACCAUGACGACGACCUCGCCCUUUUGGAUCUUCUCGAUUAUCGAUGCGCGAAGGGAUCGGGAUAUAAAUCUGCAGCAGCUGGAAAAACCGCCUAUCAUCGUCGAGACGAGCUCGGGCUCCUCCAAGGCCUCGCUGGUCUGGGCUCGCAUCAAGAGCUGGUGUUUCUCAAAGACGAAUACGACGACGAGUCGUCGGAGUGGGAGCGGUUCUGGGAUAGGCAAGAGGACAGGCUGAGCAGUGACCGGUCGCUUUGGAGCGCCGAGGGGGAGGAUUCUGCCAUUGACGGGGAUGAAGAGGGUGACCCCCCAGACCCCCAGGCAGGCGAAGAUCUCGAUCUGCCUGACCCGGAGCGUCCAGGGAUUCGUCCGCAAGACUUUGGCUUCAUCCCCCCUGCUAUGAUUCCUCCCAGCGCUCGCGUUGCUGCGACUCGCACUGAAACAGUCACAGUAUACCUUGGCCGAUGGCAGCGCCCGUACAAUAUGACCCGCCCCAACCCCGACUAUCGCGGCGUUCCAAGGCCGAUUAUGCUGCCUGGCUCGCCUGACAAGCAGCGCGUUCGUCAUCCCUCUGUCUCUGAGUUUGUGCGUGGACCGCAGCGGCGUGAUUUUGUGGAGGAGUGCGUGGCGGCGCGCGCCGUCGAUGGCAAUUUGAGCAAUAUCAACUUUCCUGACACGGACUAUCGUCGUCUUGACCGCGAGACAAGACGGUCGCCCCCUCGUCCACCGAAUCUGCGAAGGGCUAGAACGGGUAAUCAUCUCAGUGACUCGGAUAUUUCGCUGCUCAGUCUUGGGUCGCCGUUGGAUAGUUUGUCCCCAUCGGAUCCCCUGCGUGUUUCUUCUUCGUUGUCCUCGUCCUCGUCGUCCCGUGGAAUAAGACAACAUCAUCGUAGGAGCAGCUCGAGGCGGUACGGUCGCUAUCUCGACGGCAUCCGGGCGCCUGUCAUCCUUUCUGUUGAUGCGCCCUUGGGCAAUGAUACAAGCUGGUCGGAGCCUGCGUCGCCGCGCUCGCAUCGCUCGCAUCGCUCUACGGCGUCGUCAUUGGGGGGUGUGUUUGCUCUAGAUGAGGAAUUG